UUCAAUCCCUUCUUCCCACACAUCCUUCUGUCUCUCACACUAAGGGAAUCCUCAGCACUACCCACCCAGGCACUGCUGCCUCCAAAUAGCAGGUUUCUCAAUGAGAAGUCAAUAGAUCGCAAGAAGACAACUUUCAACAUGCCUCCAGAGAGAAAAAUGACCUUGUAAAGCAAAGAGAUAGCUUCAGACAGAGUAAAUACCAAGUGCUCAUUAUCAAACUGCAGCUAUCUAAAGAUGAUGGAGGUUCCAGACUGGAAGUUUCAUCUUCUGGAGAGGAGACGGAAGGAAGACGAAGAAAUGAAACGAAAGGAGAGAGAGGAAGAAGAUCGCCUUGCCAAUAUGCCUCCAUGGAAAAGAGAAAUCAUCCUUCGAAGGAAAGCCAAGGCUGAAGCAUCUAUGUUGGAGACUAGAGUUGAGGUUGAGGGAGAACAAGAAGAGAGAGAAAAAGUGAGCAGCGUAGAUCAAGACGAAACAGAGGCUCGAGUAUUAAGGGAAAACAUUGGACCAGUUCAACAGAACCCAUUUAUUCAGCUGGAAAAGCAGAGGAGGGUCCCAGAACUUUCCUGUAGUAAACCAAAGCCAACCCCAGAUCUGCCUAUUGUACGCACUUUGCGAAUGGAUGAUGUUGUCAAGGAUUUGCAUCCAUCAAAUGAAGAAGAGGAACUGGAGGCUCCCACUGAUGACCAGCCACCUCUCCUAGAUGAGAGAAAAGGAAGGGUCAGCAGACUAUUGAGUCGUUUUGGACGUUCAUGGGUUGAGGCAGAGAAUGGGGGCACAGUUGUUCCACGUAUCAAUGGGGAGGGAGAGGUGACAGUUAAGCCACCGUGCCCUGUAGUGAUGUCGGUGGAACUUGAUAUCCAGGUCUCAGCAUCUCAUUCUCAGCUUGCACCGCCUUCUCCUUCCUGUCCUCGGACUGUCACGGGAAGCCAGACUUUAACUCAGGAAACCACUGUCUCCUCCCUCACCCCCCCAUCCUCUUCCUGCACUGAUUCUGAGCCAGCUGUGCACUUGCCCUGUGUGGCAUCACCAACAGCCAUGAGUGGGCUUGCUACACGGCCUAGCACGGCUGAGGAUGCCAGAACCUUUCCAUUUCAACUACGUUCAGCUUCUUCCAGUGCACCAAGACCACUAAAACAGACAGUUCAGGCUUCCCCUCCAACACCCAAACAUGUCACAGGGCGAGUGGAGGCAGAUGGAGAAGGGGGUCCUUCCAUAUCCAGGGUUACAGGCCUUUCACCGGCCAGUAAAAUAAUCAUAGGUGGAGAAAGCCAGGCCAUGCAGCGGAGGAAAGGCAAUACAAUUACAGUAAACCCACGUAAGGCACCUGUUUGUGAGAAUGGUUACGUUGCCACUGAGACUAAGACUCCUAGCCCCAAGACUGAUACUGGCAAGAAGAGAUACCCAACAGUUGAUGAAAUUAAAGUGAUAGGAGGCUACCAGGCAUUGUCAAAGUCCUGUCUGGCAAAGCACAGUCGGGAUAAGAAGAAGCUGAAUAUCUCCUUCCCGGAGUCAGAUUUGGAGAUCACGUUUGAGUACCCAUCUGAGGAUUCACUCAUGGCUGAGUUUGGGCCCCCGGAUGAAUCUGAAGCUGUUGAGCCCCAGCCACAAGCUGAAGAUGAUGAAGAAGAGGAGAGUGUUUUACUAGGGGGUAUCAUGAGACGGAAAGCCCUCAUUGUGGAUGAGUCCUGCAAGCGCUGAAGAAACACCAAAAAGUGUUAUGGGUACAGAACACAAGGCACCUGUGCAUAAAGCUACCGUCAUCAGUCAAGAUAGUUAUGGUUGAAUCCAUAACUAGUUAAAGCAACAUAUAACUGUUGCAAAAUAGGCAGGUUUACCAAUGGACGUAUCAAUGGCUGCUUGCACAAAUGGUUCUUUUCGGAGAAACAGUAUCUGGUGGAGAUGGUAACAUUGUACUCUUGGACCAGAAAUGGCUUCUUGUAGAACUGGGUAACUUUUCUAACGGGACUUUAUCCUGGCACUAUGCCCACUAGAGGAACCAGAAAUGGGAGUCACUAGACCCUGCUAGGUUUGCCAGUGAAACCAAUAUUGAUAAAAUAAACAUGGAUUUGGCUUAAUAUUUGAACUAGCACAACCCAUCGAUUCACCAGUGGAAUUAGUAACAGUGACCUGCUCUUCUAACUAAUACAAAAAGCAACUAGUUACUUGGAAAACUAGUCAUGGAAAUACUGGUGGAGUGUAGCGAGAGAGGAGAUUCUUUUUACAAACUGAUUUACUUUUAGUGAACUUACAGACACUGCUAGUUAAUGACAACUCCCUAGUAAUCAUUCUUGCCACUAUUUAGCUUCGUUAGUUAUUAAUAAGACUAGAUGCUGUUGCCAACCAUGGAAAUAGUAUCAGACACAAGAUCAUUUUACUUGCCGUCAUUACUGUAACUAGUUAGAAAUAGUUUUAGAUGGAGCCAGUUGCUGUUGCUAACCACUAACUUUAUGGGAGCUCACAUUUCACAUACCCUUGUUCUUAAAUCCACGAUACUGAUUCGUCAAAAACCCACUCUGAUUCAUUACAAUGAGUCACUGAUCACAGGAAGCAGACCGCUCAAAGUUACCAGUGUGGACAAACUGGUUUUAACUAGUUAAGAGUACUAGUGAGUAUU